AACGAUUAUUCAGGAAUCUACAGUAAUAAACUGAAACAACGAGUGAAAAAUAUUCUAGACUGUUUAGAAAUUGUUAUUUAUAUGCAUACAACUUGGAGUUUUUUAAUUGCAAUUUCGAUAUUUCAAAUGGCGUUUGGACGAUAUAAUGCAAAAACUAACAAGGAGCUUGUCCAAUAUCUUAAACGAUCAAAAAUCGUCAAAUCCGAUCGAGUUUUCGAAGCAAUGUGUGCUGUAGAUCGUGGACAUUACACUACUUCUGGUAACCCAUAUGUAGAUGCUCCUCAAGGAAUCGGUUAUGGAGUAACUAUAAGUGCUCCUCACAUGCACGCCUACGCUUUAGAGCUACUCGAGGACAAGCUCAAACCUGGAAAUAAAGCCUUGGAUGUUGGAUCAGGAUCAGGAUAUUUAACAGCUUGCAUGGGAGUUAUGUUGGGAGAUAGUGGAGUAGCAGUUGGGAUUGAUCAUAUUCAGCAACUUCAAGCUUUAGCAACAAAAAAUAUUAAAGCAGAUAAGCCUGAAUUACUUGAAAGUGGUCGAGUAGAGCUAGUUGUUGGAGAUGGAAGAAAAGGUUAUCCACCACAUGCACCUUAUGAUGCUAUUCAUGUUGGAGCAGCAGCUAAUGGUACCCCUCAUGCAUUAAUUGAUCAACUUGCACCUGGAGGACGACUCAUAGUACCAAUCGGAGCAGAAAACUCAGAUCAAACUCUGGUUCAGUUUGAUAAGUCUACUGAUGGAGAAAUAAAACGACGUUCCUUGAUGGGAGUAAUUUUUGUUCCUUUGACCGAUAAAGAACGACAGUAUCGAUCAUGAAACAAGUGCUCAAUCCAAUGAUUGCUCUUUGUACGAAUUCAUUUUAUAGCAGUAUGUAUUUUAUGCUCAAAAACCAUACAAAUUAUUCAUUUUUUCUUAGUAUUAUUGGAUUGUUUCCAUGACGAUACUGUUUGAAAAGAAAAACUUCUUUUAGAUCUCGUAUCAAACUAAUUUAUCAUGUAUUUGUUUUUUGAAAUUUAAAAAAUUUCGGGGUUUAAAAUUGGUAAAUAACUAUUCAACUACCAAAAAAUUUCGUUUUUCAAUGGAGAGUAAAUUUUCGAAUACAUUUUUACAUGAAAAUGUAAAUUGAUAAUUAAAACUAUACACAUUGUAAAUUAUAAGUUAACUUUAUAUUAAAUUCCUAAGAAUUAUUAUUAAAUAAAAAUUAUACAAAUUUUCAA